GGAGACUUUCUCCGGUGCUUGGCCAAGCUUCAGCAACUCACUGCAGAUGAGAUCAUGCAAUCGAGCUCUUUGGAGUUGGUGGAGGCUCUGGAGGUGCUUGUGACGAAGACAAAGACCUUAGACUCAGACGGAAUCGGGAGUGGCCAGGGGGCCGCAGUGGCAGAGGCUUCCCUGGCGUUCUCCCCUGAGAUCUUGCAGAAGCUGACUCGGCUUGAGGUGGGCCUCGAGGCGAAGGAGCAGGAACUGCGAAGUCUCCGUGAAGACCUGGCGAACAGAGAUGCCCAGCUCCAAGCCUUCAAGGACCAGCUGCAGGCCAUGGCGCAGGAAGCCGUCCAAGAGGCGUUGCGCAUGGCUGCGCCGAGCAGCGCGGAUGUUCCAGCCGACAUGAGCCCAGAGCAAGCUGUCACAGAGGUUGUCGCAAAUCUUCCAGGAAGCUCUGAUGAGAUUUGCCGCGCUGUUCAGAAUGACACUUCAUCAGUCACGGCCAUUGACCUCCAUGUCGUCACGACUCCAGUGCUUCGGGAUCUUUCCUCGGCGAGUCUUGAUCAUGAGGUCAGCAAUGCAUCGGUUGCCCCGGUGCCUCUGGAUCCUCGACCGGGUAGUCCUUCGUUUGCAUCGAGGCUGCUUGCUGCCAGCCCCUUCGCGGGCAGCGAGCUAGAAAGAUACUGGCGUCUUGCCAAGGCCCCAUACAAUGCCGCCCGGCAGCAUCAUGUCGAGGAGGCGGGAGUUCUUUGGGAGAUCGUCGCCGACAGACGCCCCAGGAACACCCGAGUCAUCGGCCGUAGAGUGGCUCCUGGAGUUGUGGAGCUGGGCUUCCGGGGGACUGUGCUUGCCGAUGCCAACGGCAUCAGCAACUAUGCAAAUGUCUCUACGGACUUGGACACCGAGGCUGUGCCCCUGAACCCUCAGCUGGUGCCUGGCUCAGACCUCAGCGCCGUCCUGGUGCACAAAGGCUUCCAGGAUGCCUAUCUGACGGUGCAGGCUGAUAUUCUGCAGUGGCUUGAGAAGCUUGGAAGCCUUUCUUCACGACCCGAAAUCCAUCUUUCAGGGCACUCCUUGGGUGCAGUGUUGGCCACGCUGGCUGCCAUGCAUCUCCACUCAGUCGGCUGGCCUGUGGUGGCAGUGGUCACCUUUGGCAGCCCACCGCUGGGAAGUACAGAGCUAGGUAAACUCUAUGCAGACAUGGGCUUGGACAAGGAGACCCUACGAAUCGCGAACCGAACGGAUCCAAUUCCUCGUUUGAAGGGGCUGCUGGGAAGAUUCUGCGAUUUUGAGCAUGUAGUGCCAGCCGUGUGGCUUGGAAAGACUGUCACCGGCAUUUGCGUGCCUACACCUUACAGCCACUCGAUGGCCGACAACCCAGAAUCGUAUCUCAGCACAUUGCAGGACGCUGUGGAUGACCAUGUGCAAUCGGGACUGGCAUUGAGAAGCUUGAGAGAUGCAGAUCCCUACCUUCCCUGGUUGUCGAUGUUUUCGCCUCUCAAGGUUCCCGAGCAAAGUGCCCGGGUUGUGGCUGUGGAGGUGAGGCAGCAGCUGCAGGUGGACCUUGCCUUGCUGGCGAAAGGCAUGGCAGAGGCGGCCCGGGAGCUGCGAUCUUACAUCGUACAUGCCCACGAGUGGGAGCGGGCCCUUGACUUGGAGGCCAUCGUCGAUUUGGUUGUUCAGCACCAGGACAUGCUGCCGAUCUGGCAGGACGGCAAAAUGCCCGAGUGGUUCAUCCGCCUCCACACGGCCAAGCGCAAGGUGUACGAGGCCUGCGUGGUCGGGCUCCAGGACCAGUCUUCAAAGUUCUUCCCGCCAUUUUUGAUCCUCUUCCUUCGGGCUGGUCUGGUUUUGCUCAAGGCGAUGCAGGCCUGCGGCGUGCCCUCAUCCAACUGCCAGAAGGAGUUCGAGCGCUUCCGAGGGGAAUCGGAGCAUCUGGCUGGACGCCUCGACUGGCGCUCAGUGCUUGAUGCCGUCUCACCGCAUGAGUUUUUUUCACUGUUGGCGGAAGCAGCAGCGGAGGGUACUGACAGACUGCCGGUUGCAAUAGUGCUACACAGAGAGCUUCGGCAGGCAGCACAUUCACUCGAUUUCGCCGUGAGCCUCGCGAAGGGAAAGACGACAACUUCGGAACAGCUGGCCUUGGAUUUCACUAUCUUGAAGCAAGAAGGAGACAGCGACGACGCCGAGCUGUGCAAGAUUUCGGUGACAGAGGGUUACUUGGAAACCUCACUCUGCAUAGAGCUGUUGGAAGCUCAGGCCGAGGAGACCAUGUUGGAGCUGCAGGCUUCACGGUUGGUUCGCCUCACACUUAAGGAUAAGAAAAUCUAA